GACGGUCUUGCUGAUCUCGCGCAUCAGCGCUGACAUGCAGAAGCGGAGUCCUUUCCAAUCCGAAGCAGAAAUGGAUGUUCCUCUCGCACUGCAUUCCGACAACGCGGAAGAUGUAGCUACCUCUUCGAGCUUUCGACAUUUUCGAAUUAAACAUUUCAACCUAGAUCUAAGCGUAGACUUUGAUCAGAGGAAGCUGCGAAGCACCGAGACUCUGGAGCUGAAAUGUCUCCAGGAUUCCCAAAGCGAGUUGUGCUUGGAUGUUCAUCCCUCGCUUGAGUUGCAUGAAGUAGCGUACAACACAGACAAUAACAGCGCGGAGUGGUUGAAAGCGGAGUUUUUUACUAAGGAGUUCACUAGUUAUGGGAUGACACUUGUCGUGAAAUUCCCAUCGCCCUGGAAGACAGAAGACGAGUUUCGUUUAUCCAUCAAGUAUGUCGCUACUGAUGGACCAGGGGUCUGCUGGCUCGAGCCCGGGCAGACAGCCGGGAAGAUCAAGCCCUACGUUUUCACUCAAGGACAAGCCGUGCUCAACCGGUCCCUGUUUCCGUGUUUUGACACGCCGGCGGUCAAGAGCACCUACUCGGCCUCGGUCCAGGUGCCAGACGGCUUCACUGCAGUGAUGAGUUCCACUAAAUGGGAGCACCGCAAGGCAGACAACACCUUCCUGUUCUCCAUGGAGCAGCCUAUUCCAUCCUACCUGGUGGCCCUGGCUGUGGGAGAUCUGGUGUCUGCUGAGGUUGGGCCAAGGACACGUGUGUGGACAGAGCCCUGUUUGUUGCAGGCAGCCCAGAAGGAGUAUGAUGGUGUGAUUGAAGAGUUCCUGGUUGUGGGGGAGAAGCUGUUUGGGCCAUACGUCUGGGGAAGGUACGACGUCCUAUUCAUGCCACCUUCCUUUCCGUUUGGGGGUAUGGAGAACCCCUGCCUGACCUUCGUCACGCCCUGCUUGCUGGCAGGGGACCGCUCGCUGGCUGAUGUCAUCGUGCAUGAGAUCUGUCACAGCUGGUUCGGCAACCUGGUCACCAAUGCUAGCUGGGGUGACUUCUGGCUCAAUGAGGGCUUCACUAUGUAUGCCCAGCGUCGCAUCUGCAAAGAGCUGUAUGGUGAAGCCUACACCAGCCUGGAGGCAGCGACAGGCAGAGCCCUCCUCCGGCAGCAUAUGGACAACACAGGGGAGGACCACCCGCUCAACAAGCUGCGAGUCAAGAUUGAGCCAGGUGUGGACCCUGAUGACACCUACAAUGAGACCCCGUAUGAGAAGGGCUUCUGUUUUGUGUCAUACCUUGCCCAUCUAACCGGGGACCAAAGCCGUUUCGAUGCUUUUCUCAAAGCCUAUGUUGACAAGUUCAAGUUCCGUAGUGUGGUAGCAGAGGAUGCCCUAGAAUUCUACUUGGACUAUUUCCCUGACCUGAAGGAGAAGGAAGUACAUAAGAUCAAAGGUCUGGAAUUUGACAGCUGGCUGAAUGUUUCUGGUUGGCCGCCUUACUUGCCUGACUUGUCACCGGGUCAGAACCUGAUGAAACCCGCUCAGCAGCUUGCAGAUAUGUGGGCAGCGCAGUGCCUGGACAUGGCGGCUAUCAACACUGUUGACAUUCGGCAGUGGAAGACGUAUCAGACAAUCUACUUCCUGGACAACAUCCUGGAGAGGUCCCCACUACCUAGAGGUGCCACGGAGAAACUGGAGGAACAGUACCCCCACAUAGUGCAGUCCAAUAACGCAGAGCUGCGGCUGCGCUGGGCGCAGAUCGUCCUCCAGAACCAGCACGAGCCCGGAUACCAGCACGUCCGUGCCUUCCUCGACAGUCAGGGCAAACAAAAGUAUACACUGCCAGUGUACCGGGCAAUGUGGAACACCUCAGAAGGGACCAAGGCCCUGGCCACCGAAAUCUUCUCCAACACCUCGCACCAGCUCCAUAUAAAUGUCCGCAACUACGUCAGGAAGAUCCUCACCUGAGUGGUCCAGUCAAGGCCAAAGUGUGAAGCUUGCGACUCCAGGCAGCUGCAGUAAAAGUGACCACGGUAUCACAGGAAUGUUCAUAUGAGUUGAUUAAAGGAAACAUCUGAUUAAAAUGCACCAAUACAGCAGCAAGUCGGCAUUAAAUGUGUUGUAUGAUUCAAACUGCUUUUUAAUAAACACUUGAUUGUAA